AGACAGAAAAAAAACUUGGCACUGUAGCUUGCUAGCGUUUGCUUAUCAGAACAGAUAGAUAUUACUCGUAAAAUCUGUAACUGUAAACUUGAAUAGAGGUGCUGUCGUCAACCGUCAAAACACCGGGGGAUGUAGCCGGUUACUCUGUCCCGUUUACGGUUAGCUUGCUGUGGCGGACGCAGCCGAAUGUCGCUUCUUCCCGCAGCCUGGCUGGGACGGUAGCGAGAGGGAUUAGCUGUACGAGCCAGUCGGUCUAGCUAGCCUGCCCGCUAUAGCAAUGCUGGAAACACCAUCAGCUUGUUUUAUAGCUAACUAGCCAGCUAGCGAGAACACUUCGGCAUUUUGUGCUUUGUAUAAAUCAAGAAACUCGCACCAAGUGGAGAGACGGCCGUUGCUCUUAGGGCAAGAGCUCUAACUAGAUAUUUGCUAGCUAGCCGGACAGCUGCUCGAAUUAGCGUGCUAGGCGAGUCGCCACCUAAGGUUAGUUAGCUAACGUUGACGGUAACGUUAGCUGCACCUUCGUCCUACACAUUUUUGGCUUCUACCCAGCUGGAUUGGAUAGCUGACGGUUGAGGGCUAUGUCUUCAGCAGCCACCGCGCCCCCGUCCGUGGAUAAGGUGGACGGCUUCUCCAGGAAGUCGGUCCGGAAAGCCAAGCAGAAGCGAGCACAGAGCUCAUCUCAGUUCAGAUCUCAGGACAAACCUAUUGAGCUGGUGCAGCUGCCACUGCUGAAAGAUGUGUCUGCCCAAGAGCAGCCAGAGUUGUUUCUGAAGAAGCUGCAGCAGUGCUGCACGCUCUUUGAUUUCAUGGACACACUGUCUGACCUCAAGAUGAAGGAGUACAAGCGCUCCACUCUCAAUGAGCUGGUGGACUACGUAACAGUCAGCCGGGGUUACCUUACUGAGCAGACCUAUCCCGAAGUUGUCAAAAUGGUGUCCUGUAACAUAUUCCGGACCCUUCCACCCAGUGACAGUAAUGAGUUUGACCCAGAGGAGGAUGAGCCCACUCUGGAGGCUUCGUGGCCACACUUACAGCUCGUCUAUGAGUUCUUCAUUCGUUUCUUGGAGAGUCAAGAAUUUCAGCCCAGCAUUGCCAAAAAAUACAUUGACCAGAAAUUUGUACUACAGCUCCUGGAGCUGUUUGACAGCGAGGACCCUCGGGAGAGGGACUGCCUGAAGACUGUCCUGCACAGAAUUUACGGCAAGUUCCUCGGCCUCAGGGCCUUCAUCCGCAAACAGAUCAACAACAUUUUUCUAGGGUUUGUGUAUGAAACGGAGCACUUCAAUGGAGUGGCUGAACUGCUGGAGAUCUUGGGAAGCAUCAUCAAUGGUUUUGCACUCCCUCUGAAAGCUGAACACAAGCAGUUCCUGGUGAAAGUGUUACUGCCCCUGCACUCAGCUAGGAGUCUGUCCCUCUUCCAUGCACAGCUGGCUUACUGUAUUGUACAGUUCCUAGAGAAAGAUCCCACGCUAACAGAACCUGUGAUAAGAGGAUUGUUGAAGUUUUGGCCAAAAACCUGCAGUCAGAAAGAGGUUAUGUUCCUUGGAGAGCUGGAGGAGAUCCUGGACGUGAUUGAGCCCACACAGUUUGUCAAGAUUCAGGAGCCACUGUUCAAGCAGAUCUCCAGAUGUGUGUCUAGCCCACACUUUCAGGUGGCUGAGCGAGCGCUGUACUACUGGAACAACGAGUACAUUAUGAGUCUGAUUGAGGAGAACUCCAGCGUCAUCCUGCCCAUCAUGUUUGCCAGUCUCUACAGGAUCUCUAAAGAGCACUGGAACCCAGCGAUAUCUGCUUUAAUCUACAACGUGCUUAAAGCAUUCAUGGAGAUGAACAGCGCGCUGUUCGAUGAACUUGCUGCCACUUACAAAUCGGACCGUCAGAGGGAAAAGAAGAAGGAGAAGGAGCGAGAGGACCUGUGGCGGAAGCUGGAAGAUCUGGAGCUGAGGCGGGGUGUCCAAAACAGCGAUGGCAUCAUUCCCACCUAACAUGGAUGUGGCUCCACCCUUCCAUCUGGCUCCAACCAAUGGCCCUCUCUUCUCUGCCACAGGGACUCCACCCCCUCCAUGCUUCUUGUGCUACAUAAUUUACUGUACACUCCUGCGUUCAUCUGUCCCUUUUUCCCUCCUCAACAGCACUGUAAAAAUCCCUUCUGCUCUGUUUCCUUUACAAUGAUACUACACUGAAACAAUAGACAAUGAAAAAGGAGAAAAACAAAAGAAAAGGAGAAAAAGAGGUGUGUGUACCUUAGGGGAGAAAAGACUUUAUGUACACUCCUUGCUGUUUAAAAGGAAAA